CGACGUUCAGAUCUCAGACUCGGUAAAUUCAGCACUCAGGAUGUUGUCAAUGGCACGAACAUGUCUUAAAAAGGCGUCUGGGACGUCGAGCAGGGCGGCUUCCACAGCACGCAUUCUUGGACGAUUGCCCUCGCACAACCUAUCCGUUGCUCCAGCGACAUGCAGAACCUUGUAUAACGCUGCGCCAGUGCGGUUGCAGAAGACUCGGCCACUUCGCGCGAGUAACACGGGCUCAUGGAACGACGACGACAAGGAAAAGUUACUAGAAUUCCUCGAGGGCCGCGCUGACUCGUGCAAGCCGGAGAAUGAAUGGAAGCUGUUCGCUAUGUACGCCAAGCCAGGGUCCGACCUUACCCCCGUUGACUACUUCAAGCUAAUCAUCACCAACAUGGAAUUCCUGGCCUCAUACGCACCGAGUGUGGAAUUCAAUGAAUUUCGGUCCGCGAACGUAGAACCAGAGUCGACGAUCAAUCGUGGGCGAGAGGCGCUAAUGACUUUCGCGACUUCUGCAGACCGGUGGAUGCAGAAAGCCAUUUCCCAUCCUGAAGCCGAAGAGAAGGGCAUGCACACUGACUCUGAGCUGCUAGAAAGCGCGCAACAUCUUGCCUGGAACACGCGCCUCAUUCAGCAGUACAAGCAAGGUGAUAUGCCGCCUGGCACGUCAUGGCAAGACUUGUGCGAUGCGAUAUUGCUGUCGAUGCACCUUGCGGUGAAAAACAUGGAAAGGUAUGUUGGUGGCAAGUGGGAGUAGUCUAGAGCCGCUCGUAUCGCCCAAUGCGUUCCCGCCCGAAGGUGUAUAGGUGAUUAAAGAGCAAAUACAUGCUCGAUAUGAAUAAUGCGUUUUGUAUGUGCCGCUGGAGAAGCAGGCAGUCG